AUGACCACGAUGGAGAGCACGACGCCACCCGCGCCGCUGUCACAACGGUUUACCCUGGAAUUGGAAUUCGUCCUCUGCCUUUCCAACCCACAAUACCUCCAAUUCCUGGCUGUCAACUAUCCGCAUUUGUUGAACAAGCCUUCGACGUCUGCAGACGAUGCAGACGAUUCGGACGCGGCACGGUUUGCACGAUAUCUCGAAUAUUUGUAUGCCUACUGGAAGACUCCGCAAUACGUCCAGUACCUCACUCAUCCUGGCGCAACCCUGAGAAAUCUGGAGCUCCUCCAACACAAACAAUUCCGACAGGAUAUCAUUCGGCCAGAUGUCAUUGCUCAGUUGUUUCAAGGAGAGACGGUGAAUGAGGGUACCCAAGCAGACCAGGAUUGA